AUGCUGGCGCGGCCGCGUCACCACAAGCUUCGGAAAGUGACCAUCCCCUCCGUUUCCACCCCAACCGCCCUUGCCGUUCCUGCCCCCUCCUCCCCUUCCCUCCACCCGUGCAUGCAGCUGUGGACGCACCAUUACGAGCGCCUGAAAGUGGCAGUCAGAGCAGCCGUGCGCAUCGAGCAGCUCAUGUCGCGGGCCAUGCCCGAGGCGGAAACGGCCUUCUGGGCGUCGGUGCUUCUCUCCAAGGCAUGGCCGCUCUUCCUCAACGCCUCUCACACCCCCCACUCCUCCCUUCCCCCCUUCCUUGUUACAUUGCAGGCCAUGCCCGAGGCAGAGACAGCCUUCUGGGCGUCGGUACUGCUGUCCAAGGCGUGGCCUCUCUUCCUCAACGACCUCGUCUCCACCAAGCUCAUGCCCAAAGUCGCUCCCUGGUUCCUCUCCCGAUACAAGCCUCCCAUGCUCGUACGUCCAUCCGCCUCUACCUUCCCACCCGAUGCCGGAUGCUCUCCCAUGCUGCUCCAUCCCUCCAUGUCGGCGAAGGUGGAGGUGGUGAAGGCCAACUUCGGUGACACAGCGCCCGUCAUCACAUCCAUCAAAGCGUUCCGGGAGGGAGGCGGGCGCAACCAUGUGAAGCUGGAGGCGAGUGUGGAGGAGGCGGCGGCGUGUGCCAACAACAAAACUGUGCUGCCAGCACCGACCCCCCUCGUUGCCUCGCCCCUUCAAUCUCACCUCACCCUCUCCAUGACCAGGAGCUGGAGGCGAGUGUUGAGACAACAUGAGUGUGCGAGCAGCCGCGAGCUGGAGGCGAGUGUGGAAUUGGUGGGGGCGGACAACUUGAGCGUGCAGGCGACUGCUUAUGUGGCGGGCAUGGGCAGCAUCCCCUGGACCGCCUACAUCACCGGGCUGCAGCUCACCGGCACGAUGCGAGUGGGACUGCGCCUCCGCUACUCGCUGCCUUUUGUGGACCGGUUCAUGCUAAGCUUCAUGAGACUCUGGGAAUGCUGUAGAGGCGUUAUGCGGGUGGGGCUGCGGUUCCGGCGCUCGCUGCCCUUUGUGGACCGCGUGACGCUGAGCUUCGUGCGCCCCCCCCAGGUGUCGUGCGCCAUCAAGGUCAUGGGCGCCCUCGACGCCGGCAGCAUUCCGCUUGUGGCCUCCUAUGUGGUGCGUGCAUGCCAUGGGGUGGGGUGGGGAGUCUUGCUUUGCCUAUGUGUGCUAUUCCUGUUGCCCUUCCCAUCCCAUGGCCUUUCCUAUCCCCCUGGCAACGAGCAGGAGUACACUCUCCAAAACGCCCUCAAGACGUCCCUCUGCUGGGUACGUGCCCGUUGUCCCCCUACUCCUCACGCCCAUGACUCCCAACCGGCUGGUGGUGGUGGACGCGGUGAGGGCAGCUGCCUUGGUGCUGGACCUCUUUACGUGUGUCAUCCCCUCAACCCCGUUCCCCCUCCACCCCACCCCAUCCAUCUGCAGCCCAACCGGCUGGUGGUGGUGGACGCGGUGAGGGCAGCGGCCUUUGUGCUGGACCUGCCAGUGCCGCCCCCCACACCCGAGGAGAUCAGCAUUGUUACUCCCCGGCCCAUCACCAAGGCCAAGAGUACCCUCUCUGCUAUCUCCAAGAAAUUUCUUUCCAAGAAAGGCAAGGACGGCGCUGCCGCCUUGCCAGCUGUCGCCACGCUAUUGGUCGAAGUCAUCGAGGCAAAGGAUCUCCUGGCGGCAGAUUCGGGCGGCACAUCUGACCCCUACGUGAAAGGGUCGAUCGGCGCCGCCCGCUUCCAAACCGCGGUCAUCUCGAAAAACCUUAACCCGCAGUGGAACCAAAAGUUUGACGUGCCCGUGGCGGACUGGUCUCUGCCCGAAAGCUACACUCUGGUACUGCGCGUGAAAGACUACGAUAUGUUCUCAGCCAAUGAUGCGAUCGGGCGGGCUCAGAUGGACAUUAGUGCGGUGAGGGGGGCUGGGAGGAAGGAAGAGUGGCUGUCACUAGUGGACGGUGGAAAUGGAAAGAUCAGAGUGGCUGUAGAGGUGAAGGAGGAUGGGGGUGUUGGUCCCAGCGGCAGUGACUCCGAUCCUGCUGGCCCUUCUGCUGUCGCUGCUGGUGGUAGUGCUGGUGGUGAGAGUGGUGGUGCAGCUGUGGGUGGAAGGGGAGUGGAGAGAGCAGCGUCAGACGCAUCAACAUCCACAUUAGAGUCGUACACUCACGACUCGCAAUCCGUGUCUCCUGCCCGCUCAGAGGAUGCUGCUCGAGUUGCUGCGCCCACCACAGCCACAGUCGUUCCGCGUUCAUCUACCUCCGAGGUCCCCCCCUCCCCGUCUCUCACGCCCUCCUCCUCCUCAUCCGCCAAGAGCAGCAGCAGUUGGUUCCGAGGCCUGUCCAGCACCGGCCGUGGCAGCCGCAACAGCCGCUCAGGCAGCACCACCACCUCAUCCCAGCCUACCUCCCUUGACGAAACCACCCCUGGGGCCACAACUCCCAAGGAAAUCACUCCUGCACCAAAAACGCCCAAGGAGGGCACACCACGGUCAGGCAGCCGAAGCUGGUCAUUCAAGUCGGGGUCGCUGAGGCGCCUGGGGUCAGGGUCUGGUGCCAGCUUGGGUAUUGCCGUGGCCACUGUCCACGUGGAGGUGAUCGAGGCUGAUUCCCUCGUUGGUGCCGAUAAGAUUGGCACAUCUGAUCCCUACCUGAAAGGCUCCCUGGGCUCUUCCAAAUUCUCCACCAAAAUCAUUUUCAAGACGCUCUGCCCGCGAUGGAACGAAAAGUUUUCGCUGCCCGUGAAGGAAUGGCCGCCUGCGGGCAGCCCGUUCCUCUUGAAGCUGAACAUUUUCGACCGUGAUAUGCUGACUCAGCACGACCCGCUAGGGAACGCUGCCCUCGAUAUAAUGCCGUUGAGGGAUGGUGUGAGGCACGCCCUGUGGGUGAAGCUGGAGAACGUGGCUACAGGGAGGGUGCAUGUGGCUGUGACUGUAGAGGAUCACCUUGGGCCGGCAGAGACUGAUGAUGAAGAGAAUGAGUCAGUGGAAGGAGGUGAGGAGGGUGGAGAUGGGAAAGCGGGGGUUAACUCUGCCCCCACCAGUGCCGGCCAGUUAACACCUGCACCAGAAUCACAUUCCCGGGUGUCGUCACGGUCGUCCAAGAAGCCAGCAGGCAAAGCACCUGCGCUCUCCAGCAUUCCUUCGGGGCAGGAGCUCUCAGCCAUGGCUGACGCUCCUGCUGCCUCUUCCUCUUCCUAUGGGCCUUCCAGUCCCCCGGCUGCCAGUGACUCCCCUGUGGCAGGAAAGGGGGGAAUGGGAGAGGCUGGGGAGGCAGGGGGGGGGACAGAAGGAGGCUGGGAGUCUGAUGCGCAGGGGCUGCAGGGAGUGGAGAAGGAGGUGCCGCAGGUGUGA